AUGAUCAGCUUUGAGUCAAAGGAUUGUGGAGGCAUAGCGCCCAAUGCUCGUCUCUGUGUGCAAGGGGGAAUAUUUAAGGCCAAGAGCCCUCAAGCACCAGAGCUAUUCGAUAGAAUUAAUCAGCUGCCUGAUCUCAACUGCCGCAUUCAUAAUAACUCCUGGGGGACCACGUGGAAUGACGAACAGAAAGCCCAAGCCGAACUUGGGAAGAUCAAGUUUCCACAAUUCCCAUACACCAUCUACAAUGCGGAGCCGGUUGACCGGUAUGCACCUGAGCGUCCUGACUUUUUCAUACUUUUCGCAGCCGGCAACGAGGGCGGCAAAGCGACCGACACAGGAGCCCAGGUGACUGCUUGUGCAGCCGCUAAGAAUGUCCUGACUGUUGAGGCAACGUUUUCAAACCGGCCAAUGAGCAUUGGAUGGCACGUCGAUUAUACACCAGAAAAUGAGAAGUUAUUCAAGCAGAAGGACCCGGAAGCCUACCGUCAAGGCACAAUUGUCCCAUUCAGCAGCAGGGGACCGUGUAAAAAUACUCAACGCAGCAAGCCUAACGUACUUGCCCCCGGGGGUGCCAUUCUUUCAACGCGCAGCAAGGAUUUUGACUCAAAAAGGCUCGACGAAACCUUGCAAGGCGCUUCUUUACCACCAGGAGGGCAGUUAGGCAACCAGAAUAUCUUCAUGAGUGGCACUUCGAUGGCAACACCAGCUGUUUCGGGCUAUGCGGCUUUGCUGCGAGAGGCUCUAGACAGCUGGCAGAGCAUAAAGCAACCCACAGCGCCUCUGAUGAAAGCUCUCCUUAUAAACGGCAGCAAUGUUCUCCCCGACACACCCAGAAACGUGCAAGGCUUUGGCGAGAUCGAUAUGACUAAAGUUCUCCGUCCAGUGAAGCCGCAGAUUGCCAAUAUCACCGGAGGCAAAGCCGCCUCUGGCUGGACACAAGAUGUGGUGAGCAAGAACAAGAGCACCCGACUCAAGGUAAUGAGGGCCGUUGCACUACAAGCAAUCUCCACACUUGUUUACCAUGAUCGACCGGGAAAUCAGAUCCAAAACAGAAUGAACCUAUACGUCGCGCGCGCCGGGAACAGAAUAAAUACAGCGCCAACCACCCAGUACGAGAAUGUGCAUUAG